CACCAGAAGGAGGCCCUGGGCCACCCACUGUUUCUUUAUAGAUUCUAGGAGAUAGAGCCAGAGAAGAAGCUGCCAGGGGGUUGAGCAGAGUCGUCAAGCCGAGGUCAGAGGUCAGAUGUGGCAGGAUGUGGGGGACUUUGCCACUGUGGUUUUUUGAGAGAUCUCACUGUAGAGUCAAACCUUCAGCCAGGGACAGUGGGUCACCUUGGGAUCAGUCUCUUUAAUUUGUAGGAUUGUCCUAGCUGAAAGGCCACCCCCGAGCUCCACCAUCUGUCCCACCGACCAGAAGCAGCCGACAUGCCGGUCACCAAGUGCCCAAGAAAAUCCGAGCCCCUGUGGAAAGGGUGGGACUGGAAAGCCCAGAAGAACGGCCUGAGACACCAAGUGUAUGCUGUGAACGGCGACCACUAUGUGGGCGAAUGGAAGGACAACCUAAAACACGGGAAAGGAACACAGGUCUGGAAGAAGAGUGGCGCUAUCUAUGAAGGGGACUGGAAGUUUGGGAAGCGAGAUGGCUAUGGCACCCUCAGCCGUCCUGACCCAGAGACUGGAAAGUACAGGAGGGUGUACUCGGGCUGGUGGAAAGGCGAUAAGAAGUCGGGCUAUGGGAUCCAGUUUUUCGGAUCCAAGGACUAUUACGAGGGUGAGUGGUGUGGCAACCAGCGCAGCGGGUGGGGACGCAUGUACUACCCCGAUGGCAACAUCUACGAGGGCCAGUGGCAGAACGACAAGCCUGAAGGGGAGGGCAUGUUGCGGCUGAAGAAUGGGAACCGGUAUGAGGGCAGCUGGGAGAGAGGCAUGAAGAACGGGCACGGGCGUUUCUUUCACCUGGACCGUGGGCAGCUCUUUGAAGGCUUCUGGGUGGACGACGUGGCCAAGUGUGGCACCAUGAUCGACUUUGGCCGCGAUGAGGCCCCGAAGCCCACCCAGUUCCCCAUCCCUAAGGUAGAGGUUCAAGACCCGGAUGGUGUGCUGAGGGAAGCGAUAGCUGCUCUGAUGAGCCCAGAGGAAGAAGAUACCUGAUGCCGGGUGAGAAGACAUCUUUUCUGCCACCUCUGAGGAGGCCCAGGCAGCCCUGGGUCCCUGAACAAUGCUGGUAUCACUUCCUCCUCCUACUCCUCUUUGAAACGCAUGUUCCUAGAAGAGCAAGUGCCCUCCAGGCCUGCCCAGA